CUUCCCAAAUCGGGGGCUCGGGGCGCGCGCCAUCUCGGCCUGGCGUAGGCGACCAGACCAGGACGGCGACGGCGACCAUGCCGGCGGCGGCGGCUACAGCACGGCGGUGGAGGUGGCGGAGGUGGAAGUGGCGGCCCCGGGACGCGGUGCUGGCGCUGCUCGUCGCCUCCGUGCUCGCGCCCCUCGCGCUCUACAGCGGCGCGCCCAUCUCCCCCUUAUCCGGCCCCAUCCUCACCGGGAGGAGCGCAUUCGGUCGCGAUCCGUCCAAUUCGAUCACCAGGAACGAGAUGGGGAAGCGCCUAAACGUGCUGGCACAGGAAAACGCGGCUGAUAGAUCAUCUGAGCAAUUGACAGGUGCUGCCUCAGAAGGGUUAAAUGCAAAGGCAAAUAGAAGUAAUACCAGUCAUCAUACAAGUUCUCCAGAUAAUACAAUACGUGUCAUCAAGGACCAGUUAAGAAGAGCAAAAACAUAUAUUCUGCUCCUACCUUCUAGAGGCAAUCAUGGCUUUGUUAGGGAUCUCCGAAGAAAGAUGAGGGAUAUCCAGCAAGCGCUCAGUGAUGCAACCAGGCAUAGGCGGUUACCAAAUAAUGUCCAUGGAAAAAUUAGAGUUAUGGAGUUGAUGUUAACAAAGAUCAAACAAGUACAUGAAAACUGUGUGUCUGUUAUUGAUAAGCUACUAGCAACCCUUCAUUCCACCGAGGACCAAGUUCAGACUCUCAAGCAACGGGCUGACUAUCUAGCGCAAGUAGCGGCUAAAGCUCUACCUAAAAGGCUUCACUGUCUUGCACUGCGUCUUACAAAUGAAUAUUAUUUGUCCAGCUCCUACAAUCAGAAUUUUCCAUAUGAAGAAAAGUUUGAAGAUCCGAAACUGCAACAUUACGCAUUAUUCUCGGAUAAUGUACUGGCAGCUGCUGUAGUUGUGAACUCAACUCUGGUAAAUGCUAAGAAACCAACAAACCAUGUCUUCCAUAUUGUGACAGAUAAAGUUAAUUAUGCUGCAAUGAGAAUGUGGUUCUUGAGAAAUCCCCUUGGCAAAGCUGCCGUUCAGGUUCAGAACAUUGAAGAGUUUACAUGGCUAAAUUCGAGCUACAGUCCAGUUUUGAAGCAACUGGAGUCCCAUUUCAUGAUCAAUUACUACUUCAAGACUGGUCAGGAUAAGCCUGACAAAAAUCCGAAGUUCCAGAACCCCAAGUACCUGUCCAUUCUCAACCAUCUGAGGUUUUAUCUUCCAGAGAUCUUCCCAAAGCUUAGCAAGGUCUUAUUUCUUGAUGAUGAUACUGUAGUCCAGCAGGACCUAAGUUCACUUUGGUCGAUAGAUCUCAGAGGCAAAGUUAAUGGUGCUGUACAAACCUGUGGGGAGACCUUCCAUAGGUUUGAUAGGUACCUCAACUUCUCAAAUCCACUAAUUGCUAAGAAGUUUGAUCAGCGUGCUUGUGGCUGGGCUUAUGGCAUGAACAUGUUUGAUUUGUCUGAGUGGAGGAAGCAGAAUAUUACUGAUGUCUACCACUACUGGCAGAAACUGAAUGCAAACAGGCAAUUAUGGAGGUUAGGAACACUUCCUGCUGGUCUUGUCACAUUCUGGAACCACACCUUCCCUCUUGAUCGUUCAUGGCAUCUCUUGGGUCUAGGGUACAAGCCAAAUGUCAACCAAAGGGAUAUGGAGGGGGCAGCUGUAAUACACUACAAUGGGAAUCUGAAACCUUGGCUUGAGAUUGGAUUGCCCAAAUACCGCAAAUACUGGUCGAAGUAUGCCAAUUUUGAUAAUGUUUUUCUACGGGAAUGCAACAUAAAUCCAUGAGCUGCUGCUGCUGCAGAAUCCCUUUGGUCUUUGGAAUUUGGAUAUGCUGCUGCUGCUGCUGCAGAUUCCCUUUGGUCUUUUGAUAUGCUACUGCUGCUUACAUCCUUUUUUAGCUUUGUAGAGUAGUUAUUUGAUGACCCCCCCCCCCCCCUCUCAUAUAUGGUUUUUUUUUUAUUAGCCGAUUUCUUCCCUGCUAACUCAUAGUGGGCCUUAGAAUAAAAUAUGCCAUAGCUGUUUUGUGCUGUAUGGUACACACACGAUGGUUUAUCCUUUUUUUAGGAGAGAAUUUUCGUGUACAACGCAGGGAAAACACACACGCACCCUUCCCUUGCUACUUUAACAUACGCACCACGCACAAAAUGUAAACGACCAGAAACUCGGCACAAGCUCAUGGCAACAGAGCGAUCUAAUCUUACUGAUGCCAAUGUUGCAA